UCAAAUAAUACUUCCAUAUAUAACUUCCAUUUUCCCUUCCCCCCCAAAAAACCAAAAUAUCAACACAAAUCAACUAAUUCCAAGAUGGGGUUUUUCCACUCCUUUCUUCUAAUUACCCUCCUUUUUUCUUCCUUCUAUUCUUCUUACGGUUCCAUCUUCACAAUCACAAACAAUUGCCCUCAUCCCAUAUGGCCCGGCACGCUUUCUGGCUCGGGCACGCCCCCGCUUCCCACGACCGGGUUCAGGUUGGAGUCGGGGCAAAGCGUUAGAAUUCCAUCGACUCCGGGAUGGUCAGGACGGAUUUGGGGAAGGACAGGAUGUAAUUUUGAUGAAUCUGGGAUUGGGAAAUGUCAAACUGGAGAUUGUGGAGGAAGGCUGGAAUGUGAUGGGAAUGGUGCUACUCCUCCUGCUUCUUUGUUUGAGAUCACUGUGGGAAUUGGCGAUGAUAAAGAUUUUUAUGAUGUUAGUAUUGUAGAUGGGUAUAAUUUGCCGCUUAUUGUUGUGCCACGAGGUGUCUAUGGGCCUUGUAAUGCCACUGGCUGUGCUUCCGAUCUCAAUUUAGGUUGUCCAAAAGAGUUGCAAGUAGUGGGGGGAGAGAGCGGCGGAGUACAAGGGGGAGUGAUCGCAUGCAAGAGCGCUUGCGAGGCGUUUGGGCUUGACCAAUACUGCUGCAGUGGACAAUUUGCAAACCCUAAUACAUGCCAUCCAUCCAUUUACUCAUCCAUUUUCAAACAUGCUUGUCCAAAGGCUUAUAGUUAUGCCUACGACGAUGGCACUAGCACUUUCACUUGCAAAGCUUACGAUUAUACUAUUGUUUUUUGCCCCGACGCCGAUGGAUCAAAGAAAGCAACAAACGAAACAAUAAGCAGUCCUCCAGGUGUGGAAGAGCCAACAAAUGGGGAAUUCAUACAUUUGGUUUCAUCAUCAACCAUUCUCCAACAAGCCCUACCCUUUUCAUUAGCAAUUGUAUUAUUAAUCAUCAUCAACUUACUCUUCUGAUAAUUUCCAAUGCCUAAUCUCUCCAUGCAAAGCCCUUGAUUAGGGAAUCAUAUGAUAUUUCAGAAAAUUAAGCCCUACCAGCUUGGCCUUUGAAUGGGAACACUACCGAUGUCUUUCAAAUCUGUAUCGAACUUUAGACAGAAAUUGGGGGAACAAGUUUUUAGUGAAAUUGAUUAUGUAAAAGCUGAUUAGGCUUGGGAGUCACUUUAUUUGUUCUUGGAAAAUGUGGAAAAGGAAAACUAUGUUCGCUUCCAUUCCUGUUGAAUUGAAUGGAAUUUUUAAAGAUGGAAAUUAUUUAACAUUAUUUUA